UGACCUUCAAUUCAACACUAAAAUAACAGCUCUUUAAAGUAUGACUACCCAUAAAUAGAUAAAAACUACUCAGGUAUGAAAACCUACUGCGCAUGCCUCAGGUAAACCCCAUCUGCUCGAUAGAUAUAAUCGAUGACUUUCAAUUCAGCUCGCCAAGUGAGUACACGUGUUUUCGUGUUCGAAUGGCCAAUGCCCAACUUCGUUCGCCGGGUCCUGGACAGGCAACGCCGGCACGUCAUGAAAGUAAUGAAGAACAGGAAAGCUCACCCGCAGAGGCGGAAGAGAGUGAUAACAAUAAGGUAGAUGAGUCGGAGGACUCUCAAGUAGAACAUGUCUCUGUAGCGGACAAAACAGAGGAUGAUUAUCGGCGGCAGUGGUCGUCGGAGCAAAUUCGAAAUGCAAAAAGUAAGUCUGGCGACGUUUCUAAUAGAACACAGUCGAGCUCAAAAAAACGUAAAAAGAGCAGGUCCUCAAAUGAAUCAAGUUCCAGCUCCUCUAGUUCUAGUUCCUCUAGUUCCUCAAGCUCGUCAAGCUCUAGUUCCGAGUCUGAUUCAGAUUCUGAUUUGUUUUUGUGUUCCGCUGAUAGCACAAAAUCUAAACCAAAAAUUUCUAAAAAGAUACUUAAUUUUGUUACUAAGUACGCAACUAAAGGAAUCAAUAAAAAGAACAGACAAAAUGUUGCAAAGAUUUGUCCUAUACCUAAUUCAAAAAAGCUUCGGGGUUUGUCUUUGGACAGAUUUUUCAAGAAAAUUUAUUUCAAGGGGAAAAAAUGGAAUGGCAAAUUAGAGAAAAAUAAAAUCAAUACACAGAUGAGAAUUCUAGAUGCUUUAGGGCCACUUUCCGUUUUAUGGAGCGAGGCAGAACGAAUAGGCAAAACGGGCAAGGGUAUGGACCCUUCUGAUGUGAUUCAGUUUGUCCAAAGAGCAAUUAUGUUUGUAGGAAAUUCUCAUUUCCUUUACAAUACUGAUAGGCGUAAAGCAGUUUUAGCUAAAACAAUGCCUGAGUCAGUAGAUGUACUUUCCGAUAAGAGGUACAAAAAAUCACUGGGAAAGUGUAAAAAUGAUUUAUUUGGAAAACACUUUCUCAAACAAUUAGCUAAAGAUAACAAAGAUAACAGAGAAUUAAAACAGCUUUUGUCAAAUGGUAAUGAGAAAAAAGUUUGGUCUCAGACAAGACAAUUUUCUGAUAGAAACCGCCAGUUUUUUCUUCAGAGACCCUCAUCAAGCCUCCAGUAUGGGGGUCGCAGACAGACAGACAGGAGGCAGUUCACUCAGAAUCAGAGAUACGCACAGUACCCACAGUACAGGGGUCAGGGAGCGAAUCAGAAAUUUUCAGCGCCUCCCAAGAAACCAAACACUCAAUGAAUCAGGUGAGUCACACACAGAUAGAGUUAUCAGAGAUCGAUCGGAAUCUAUCAAAAUUUCUGUUCCCGAAUGCUGUAGUUAUCCCUCAGUCAGUGCCUGUAGGGGGGCGUGUGAAAUAUUUCAUUCAGAACUGGAAAGUAAUUACACGGGAUCCUUGGAUCCUACAGUCGAUCGAAGGAAUAAAACUUCCUCUAUUAUCAAAUCCUUAUCAGAAGCAAAUGCCUGUUCCAUCCAAAUUCAAAACAGCGGAACAGUUAUUGAUAGAUUCCGAAAUCGAAAAAUUAGUGUCAAAACAUGCGGUACGGGAGACAACUCCCACACGCGAUUCAUUUUACAGCAACGUAUUCUUGGUACCCAAGAAAGGGGGCGAGUUAAGACCUGUAAUAAAUCUAAGAAAUCUGAACAGUUUUCUCCCUUACGAACACUUCAAAAUGGAGGGGGUACAGUUGCUGAGAGAUCUCAUGGAGGAGGGAGAUUGGUUAGUAAAACUAGAUCUAAAGGAUGCGUAUUUGACGAUA